UUUCUCUGGAGAUCCUAAAUUCACUUUUCUCACGCGGAAACAAAACUCUAUUUCCAUGGAAGUCAUUCCUUUAUAAAUACAUCUGGCACGGCAACCUUUCUAAAGCAAAAGAUAUUCCAUUUGACAAAAAAAGAAGAAAGAGCAAGAAGGGAUGUGUUUGGUGUUCGUGUGCGAUCAGGACGAGAGGGUGAUCGGAAGGUACGCAGCUCCAGGAGCGUGUCCUUACUGCGGUGGAAUGGUUCAAACGGUAGACGUAGAAAGCCAGUGGAGAUUCUGCUUCCUCCCUCUCUAUAACAAAUCCAAACGUCGCCUUAUUUGCUCCACCUGCGGUAAACGCCUCAUCGCCCAUUCCUGAAACAAAAAAAAACUCGACCUCCUCCUUGGACAUCUCUCUGUUCUGUAUUUUAUGUUUAUGUAAUAUACAAAUUCUGACUUACCUUACGGAGUUACGUGUUGUUGUCUUCUUUUUAAGCGUUUGUAAAAAAGAAACAUGUGACUGUAUCUAUUUGUGUGAAUCAAUCAUAAGGCUUUGUAGCUAUACAAA